AUGGUACACUGUGCGGAGUCGUCACGGGGAGGUAGUAACGAAGGCCUAUUGCUACGCCAUUUUGGCAAAGACCUGCCACUAUUGGCUCAGUACCUGGUCCGUGUCAUAAAUAAAUCGCUGGAGUCAGGAGUCUGUCCUGACUCGUGGAAGCUGUCCACUGUUGUGCCACUCUCUAAGGUUCCCAAGUUCAUGGAGUUGAGAGAGACAAGUCCAGUUGUGAACCUAUCUCAUCGGGCUAAGAUGUUUGACCACAUUAUGAUGCUACAAAUCUACGAAUAUCUCGAAGAUGCUUCUCUGAUUGCUCCAAUGCAAUCUGCGUUUCAGCGUGGUUUCAGUGCCCAGUUAGCAUUGCUUAGAGUUACCGAUGAUGUAAGGCUGGGAAUGGACCAUGGCUUGGUUAUGAUAUCGGUCUAUUUUGAUUUUUGA